AUGGAGAAGGACACGGGCCAGGAGAACCCCUCGACCCGGUGGUCCAACGGUCUGCACCAGUUUUUGCAGUUGAAGCACUUGGGGAAGUUGGAACCACUCGGGUUAAAAGCGUACUUUGACAGCAACAUGGGCUUUCUGAAGAAAUACGCCUGGAUGUUCGGGAUGACGGGCACCUUGGGUGGGCGGCAGGAAAAAUCCUUUUUGCGGUCGAUCUACCAGGUGGACUUCUUCAAAUUGCCACGCUACGAGCAGAGGCGGUACUACCAGAUGCCGAGUUUGAUCUUGGACUCCGACGCGAUCGCCGCCGACAUGCAAAAAUCUUCCUCCGCCGCGGAGAACUACGCGCUGCAGUCGCUCGAGCAGUCGAAUGGCGAAGAGAUGGGCGAUUUCCACGGAAUUCAGCUUUCCGUUCCGGAUCAAAUCUGGGUCGACACGAUCGCCGAGGCCUUGAUCUACACGAUGCAGCCGUUUGCGAGGGAGAUUCUCCGGCGGCCUGCGAAGAACGAGAAAUUGAACCCGGACUUUGAGGACCGGAUUUUGAAGUUCCGGCUGCGGGGGAUGCGGUUGCAAAACCAGUUGUCGGAGCUGAUUGACAGCGAGAAGAUGCACUACGCCGCGUUGCGGAAUAAUCUGAACAAGGUGGAAGCGAUUCUGAAGGCGGUGGUAGGGGAUGACGUUUCGAACGUCGACGGACUCUGCGCUUCCACCAACUACGGGAUCAACGCUUUGUUCGGCACGGGGUACGAGGCGAAGAAGCUCCGCAGGGACUUCGUGAAUUUAGAGGAGGGCUUGCUGAAGGAAGUCCCAACCCUUCACGCGUUGUUGAAGGUUCUCGUGAACCGGGAGAUUUCCCUGGUGAAGAGGACUUUUGGGGACGAAGACACUUACCCGAAUUUGCCCGAAGAGUUAAAAGACAAAGACGAUAAGGAACUACAACCCUCCGGCCAGCCGACCGGUAACCCGUCAGAUUUGAACGUGCGGGGCUUGCCCGCGGUUCAGCCGCAAAUGGACUUGGCGAACCUUCUGGUGGAAGCAGUUACGGGGAAGUUGUCCGAGAAGGAGUUUCAGUCUAAAAUCCACCAACAAGCGAGGAACACCGAGAACGCGCAGACGGCGGAACAGCUGCAAUUCGGAAAACUGCAGAAGUUUUGGGACCGAGCGAAGCAUGGCGUGAAGAAAUAUUGGGAGAUCGGGGACGAGAAGGCGACCGCGGAACAGUACAUUAAGGGAAACAAAAAGUACCUCGAAGUCGCCUGUGCCACCUAUAUGAACGAUGAGUCGCAGAUUGUGACAGCGAAGACCGCGUCGCCGGAAGUUUUGGAAGCCUGUCCGGAGAUCGGGAAGGAGGUGAAAGCCGGGGACCAGAGGCAGAAGUUCGAACUCCGCUUCAAAAAGUGGAACGAACUGGAGAAGCGGAAUUUGUCGAAUCCAAGGAGGCGCGCAACCACCUUCACCGGAGAGGAUUUGGGGGAUGUGAGAAGAUCCGCUUUGAUCAUUGUGGAGUCCAUCAAGGAUAUGCAAGAAAAAAACUGUGUAAGUGUAAAUCUGUGAUGCAGAAAAUGCAAAACAGUUUACACUUGUCAUGCUUAACGUGUAUGAUCGGCUCGCUUCCUGUGUGUUUUCCCUUCCUAUCUGCGCAUAACAAGUUUUUCCUGUCAUGGCAGACAAACUUGUGAUGCUGUUUUCCCAAAAGACUUACACUGACGCAGUUUUUUUCCUGGAUAAAGGACGUGUCGACGCUCUACGACGCACUUUCCGCCCACCCGCAGUUGCGGGAGGCGGUGUAUUCCAAUGAAAAAUGCCCUCACCUCCGAACUUGGGAGCAUUUGUAUUGCAAACCUUUCCAAAUGAAACACUCGCCCUCUUGCAUCUAUCAGCAUCACAGGUUUCCGAUCGUGAAUUGUAGCAAAAAUUUGUAUUGCAAAAGACCCCAGCAAGAGCGGCGCUUGUCGUGCAUGCGAUGCGAUACACGUCUAGACUCUGCAUCAGAAAGAUUCAUCAUACUCCUUUCAUGCAUGACAAAAAGUUUUCAUUUGGAAACUUCGCAUCACAAAUUUUUGCAACUUUGGGGGUGGGGGCAUUUUUCACUGUGAUACGCUGCAGCCGAAGUUCUACAAGUUCGACCGAGUCUACACCGGGAACCCGCUCGAGGAAAAGAAGAUGCAACCCGGUGAAAUUCUCGUUACCACGAACAUCGGUGGGCGCGGGAUGGAUCUGGGCAUCACACCGGUGGUGGAAAACAACUACGGUUUGUUUGUCCUAGUUGGCUUCCUCCCCGCGGAUCGGGGUGGCAAGCGCGUGGAAGAGCAGGCGUUUGGCCGGACGGCCAGGUGCGGCAGGCCGGGGUCGGGGAUGUUA